UUUGAAGAUGGAAAACAUCAUGCUGGACACCCCAAAGAAGAACAUAAAGCUUGUGGAUUUUGGUCUUAGCAACACGUUCGCCAAAGAUGAGCUGAUGAAGACUCACUGCGGAUCUCCGGAGUACGCAGCCCCGGAACUCUUCACAGCUGGAGAGAAAUACGGCCUUGAGAUUGACGUCUGGAGUUUAGGUGUUGUGAUGUAUGCCAUGUUGGUGGGAAAGCUUCCUUUCACCACACCUUAUACUGACCAGUACAGAAGGCAAAAGCUGGUACAACAGAUGGAGAAAGGCUUGGUGGAAGUCCACAACCAGGAGAUGAUGCAUCUGUCUGUUGAUUGUCAAGAUUUGUUGCAUAAAGUGAUAGAACCUUCACCAUCCAUACGCCUUCCUUUGUUAGACAUGGAAAUACAUUCUUGGCUGACAGAGAACGGCAAAAAGCCUUUUGUGCCCUUUCAGAGCUUUCCUCGUGACAAAAACAUGAAAUCUCAGUCCUGCCUCUUGCAGGAUUCUAUCAGUAGUGCAGACGAUGAUGAGGCCAUUGAGGAAUUAGCAGUUGCCUUAAACAUGAAGAAAGAGGUGGUGGACCAGAAAGUCGCAGAGAACAAAUCAGAUGAAAUGUCUGCGAUGUUCAAUAUGAUAUUAGAUAGAAAACGGCAACAGCAAGGUGUGUUUGAUGUUGAUCAUACACUGAAGAAUGAGAAGAAGGAGCAGCGUGCCAAGAGGUCCAAGUCAGCUCAUGCCAGAUCUGGAGAUAAGAAACAUGUGACACCUCCAGCAUUACUGUUGCCGUCAGACGACAUGAAUAUGGAAUCAGCUCCACACAGCGGCAAUGAACAAGACCAUGAGACAAAGUUCAGUUCCUUUGACUUCCUUGCACUGUGCAGCACUCCCACCUGGCUGGGUCCAGAACGACGCAAGUCUCGCAGACGGUCCAGGUCACCCAUGCCUUCCCCACAUUUGCAGCAGCAUGGGACCCAGGGUUUAUCAGUGAGAAACCAAAUGAAGCGGGACUACAUGGAGCGUCAAGCCAUAGAGAUGGAGCGGGAGAUGAUCAGAGAAGAAAAGGCAGCAGCAGCAGCACUUCUGUCUCCAAACUCUGCGGGACAAGCGGGCGCCCAGUCACAGCAGCAGCAAAACGCCAACGAGCACACGCCUGUGGCUGCCAGCCUCUCUGUGCCGGGGACUGACCCUCCGGCUCACAGCCAGCUGGCCUUUCGCCGUAGCUCCUCCUUCAAGCUGUCUCGGCGAAGAGCAAAGUCUUGUGGGCCAUCUCACAAACGCAAAAGCUCAUUCCAGCGCUCAGGUUCUGUGGACCAUUCAGCUCAGAAGGUUGAUAUUUCUAGUGCAAAAGAACUGGCAUCCUCUCUGGCCACCACGAAAGAAGGAAGCAGUGCUCCAGUGAUUACGGGUGAAAUAUUUGGUCAAACAGCAGAGGCUAAAACUGGAAAGACAAAGAGAACCUCUUCCCUGAGGAGGAAAUUAAGUGUAGAUACUACUGUGUUCGCUAACAAAAACCUUUUAGGAGUUCCGAGCUUUGAUUCUCAUGGGAAAAACCAUCUAACUGUGCCAUCAGAGGAGAGUCCCAUAGGAAUCAACUUACUUUCUGUACCUUCUGUCUGUUCUGAUAGCACCCAGCAUUUGAAGGUUCCAGAGGUGGAAAUUGGGUUCCAAAAUUCUCUGAGUGUUCAGUCCCCUGGAACUCCGAAUUCACCUUCUGAGGAUUCAACUUCGUCGUUAAAUGGUGGGAAAGCAAAUAGCAUUCCCAGACCUGGUAAACUAAUCCUUAAGGAAUGCUAUCCACCCAAAGACAACAACCGAAGUAAAUCCAAUUCACACAUUAUACCAGUGAAGCCCUUGAUAUCUGGGGCAAAUGGCCCCCUGACCAGUGUGGAAGUGCACUAUGCAGAUUGCUCCAACCCUAACUCUUCUACAGACCUCCUCCAGCCUACAAGCAACUCCAGCUUGAAGGCGGAUUCAUUAGAAGUGCCACGUGCAUCAGCGGAAGGUUUGAGUGAUUUUUCUGAUUCCUUUUACUUGAGCCAGAGUGAACUGAAAGGAAACGAUCGCUUAUCUUCGAAGCAAAUGCUGGAUUCUCAGGCUCAGAAACAGGAUUCCUUUCACCCUAAGCUUUCAUCAGAGAGUUUGCAACCAAUUGCAUCCUCACAGCACACUAAAAAUCUCAUGCCCAAUUCUAACCAUUUAACGAUAAGCAGUUGCAUGGAAGAUGGAGCAAUAGCUAUGCAAAUUGAGGACAAGUCAAGUUCAUUGUGCGCCUUCAAUGAAAAUCGUGUACUUCUGGGAGCUGAGUGCCCUCCCUUCCGCUGUGACCCCAGUGGCAAUGAGGAGGUCUCAGACCUUCAGAAUCAUUUUGACGGCUUGAUGAUGUCCUCUGACUGCAUGGAAGAGAGCGACGACCAUGUAGACAGCAUGACUGAGCUCAUUUCCGAUUCCUUCAGACACACUAUUCUGGCCAAUGCCAAACCGAGCGCCAGCCCCGGGCAUAAUUCAAUAGGGGUUGGCGCUAGUCCAAAAUAUGGCCACCAGAACUCCGCUCCUUCUCCUGAGGAAGAGCGUGCUCUGAGCAAGAAUUCCUCGCGGAAAGGAAGUGGUAGCAUAGCAAGUUUUUCUCGAAGCUCAAGAUCAGGGUCAGGUCGAAAAUCCGGCAGUGGAAAGGUGAAAUCUCCAACUACUCCCAACUGGAUGGUUCUGAAAACGCCUUUAGCUAGGAUAGAAAGUUUCCACAGUGAUGACUUCGAAUGCUUGGCUGACAGUGACAUUGACGAUCGGCCUUGCUCCUCGGACUCCCCAAUGUCUGUCACUACACCAACUGUGCCCUGUUUUGCCUAUAAACUUCACAUGAUGAAGAAAAAGCAAACUAAGUUAAAAAAUAACAAUGCUAACAACAGUGGACCGUUGAGCAAAGCUGACCAUGCUUCCAGUAAAAUGAAUCGGAACUCCACAGAGAAAAAGCAUGCAUCAACUGGCUCCGGUUCAACAAGAGUUGACGCCACCAUCAUGGAGCCGCUGUUGAGCUCGGGCAGCGAGACAGAACAUCAGGACGAAGGGCAGGACAGGCUUGGGGCUCCUGGCAAGUCAAAAAUACAUCCGAUGGUUCCUGAUGACAAGGACUUGGAGCUGUUGAGUAAAUCUGAUACAAAAUGUUUACCUUACACCAAUGCAAUCACCCGUCAGCCUAAUCAGAUCAAGAAUUCUGUGAACAAAUGCCACAAGAUCACCCCAGAUCCAGAUCAAAGCGGAAAGAAAAAAACCUUCGUCAAAAAUUUGGCAUGGAAAAAAAGCUUUGCUCAAUUUCUGAAGAGGAAGAGAUACCACAGCCCCAUCGCCACAACCACACAACCUCAGCAGCAGCUACCAUUGGGACAUCAGCCACAGCAGCAGCAGCAGCAGCAGCAGCAACAGCCUCUGGUACACCAAGUGCAGCAGCAUCAACACAUACAGCACCAGCCCGCCGGCAACAACAACAACAACGAGCUCCUGGCCCCGGACCCCCAGCCCGUGAGUCGCAAUGGGAUGUCCGUUCUGGUGCAGCAACCGGCCAAACUGGCUGAUGCCUCCACAGGGGCUGAGGACCCACUCCUUGGCCCUCACGAGGGGGAGAACUGCAAAAUUCAUACCACUACCUUCACCUCAGCCCCUGUGGAGAGCACUAUGACAGAGCUGAUUGAGCUCCAGUCCUCGCCCAAGCCUCACUGCUCCCCAUCUCCUGUAGCUGGACGGGUGUUUGACUUUACAUUAGCCUCUGACUCCCCAAAGAUUAAAUCCUCCUGCCUUCUGGGUUGGGGCUCAUGCAGAGACUGCGGACGAGGAGAAGUUUCGGAAGAGGAGGACAUUGAAUGCUUCUCCAGUCACGAUCCAGCAGUUGUCAACCUGAGCCUCAAACCUCUUGGAGAGACCAAUGUACAGGAAAACACCAGCUUCACACAGACUUACUCAUUUUCUCCAACGUGACAGAUGAUGAACCAAAGCCUGUUCUGUCAUGUUUGCGCUGCACGCUGGGACUUUGGGCUCUUUAGAAAAAUGCUGAAAUGGCCUUAAUGUUUGGAGCUCACUGUGUGAAAGGACACGAGUUCAUUUGAAGGUUUCCUGAAAGUAAAUUAUGUAUCUUUAAUAAAGCAUUCCUGAUAUUAUAAACAGACUCAAGAGAGAUUGUGGCUGGUUGAAAUUAACGGUGUUGUGUUACCAUUGUGUGUGUUCACAUUCUGGAUACGAGCAGCUGCAGUUUUUCUGCCCCUGCUCUAUGACCCAAAGGCUUCCACACCUCCUGUUACAGGCUUGAUCCUUUUUCCUUGUAAUAAUAUUGUUCUGCCUGAAACACACCACUUUGACGCAGUCAUGAGCUUGGCCGUGAUUUAACUUGAAAAAUAUUUUGGCUUGGAAUGGUAUUUCAUAUUCUACUGUUGGUGUUUUUGCAGCCAAUGGUUUCAAAUAAUUUGGACUUUCAAUACGGGUGAUUGCUUUAGUUUGAUUUUUUAUUACUCUUCCUUAAAUGGAGAGUCUGUUAGUUCAAAGAGUUUUCACUAGAGUUAUUAUGAGACUGAAGGCUACCUACUGCGCUAGGAAAGCUUAAUUUCACUAUGUGCUAAAAAGAGAAUUAACAAAGUGUGUAGGCGAGUCUUGAUUAUUAUCAUAUAUAUUUUACUCAAAUUCUUUUAAUGCCAUGGCUUGAGCAUUCAUGACUGGCUUUAACAUUCUUGAGGGAAUGGGAUUUUUUUUAAAUCUCUAUCUACCAUCGGGAUGAGAUAUUCAGUUUCAGUUGCUGAUAGUUUUGAAAAUAGCGAUCGAUAUUUUCAACACUUCAGGGAGGCUUGUUCCAUGUCGUUGUCUGGCUUGAUACAGCACCAACAAAUGGGAAGAGACUUUUCUUUAAAUAUUUGAGCUUUGUGCGGGAAUCAAAACACUAGAAGUAGGUUUUGAUGCCUGAAUUUCGUAUGUUUUAGUUUGUUUUCUUUGCGAUAUGGGAUAGAAUACCGUAAUCCGAACAUUUGUAUUAUUAUACCACUUCUGAACCAUUUAAAUCCUUUCUUCUCCACUCUACCCCCCUUGCACUACAAUGUACUCAAUGAAUAAUUCUUACCUUUCAAGAUUGGCUCAGUGAUAAAACUUUCAUGUGUAACUUAUCAGUGUAUGUUAAAAUGCUGGUCAUUUUAACUGCCUGUAUAAUAUGAUUCUAUGAUUUCAGUGGCACUUCUUUACUCUUCACUGACUUGAUCUGUACAUACCACAGUGUAACAUAGAACCAGUCUGUCACCUCCCCUUGCUGUUUCAUCCUUCUUAUUUCAAAACUGUGAUAAUGGGCAGAAUAACUGUCCACUUGCAUAAUACUUACAAUUUUCACGUGUGUCAGUGUGUUUGCUCAUUUGUUCGACCAAAAAGGGAAAAAAGGACCAUUUUGUGUAACAGCUGUUUGCUUUUUAUUUUGACCAUACUGUAUCUUUCCUUUCCAGUCAGAGACCCUGAUUUUGUUUGAGGGCAGUAAUCCAUAGAUUCAUAAUGUAUGAAGACGAUUUCAAUUUUGCCCCUUGGCAAGUGAGUGAGCUUAUCUUCUAAAAUUGCAUAGUCAUCUGAAGAACUAGUCAAUUGUGUGGAAUUGCAAGAACUUGUACAAUCUACUUAUAAUCUGUGAAUACUUAUUGAUUAAAAUUCAGAGGCAUCUACAAUGUUAUGCAAGAGACUUGAUAUACUUUUGACCUUUUGAGGAGUCAGUUGUUCAUCAAAAGCAGGUUGAGUGAGACAGGACAUGAUAUUUGUCUGGGGGAGUGAAAAAUGUGGAGGUUUGUAUUGUAGGGUAGUCAUCAUGUUUCUGUAUUACAUAAUAAAUUCUGAAUUUUUACUGAGUGGUUUCUAGAAACAAGUUACAGGAGAGAGUGAAAGCCAGAAUGACAAAAGAGCUUUUGUCAGCCACUUUUAUCUCAGAGCAUAAAGUGCAACUUUGUAGAUGUAAGUCAUGUUCAAUUUUAUAAAGACAAAUUUAGUCUUCAAGAUACUAUUUGUCAGGUGAAACCUUGUUUUAGCGUAAAUGUUGGUAAACAGUCUUGGGGGCGAUGGUGACCUUUUAACUCUUGCAAUUUGGGCUUCUACCAAGAGACAGAUAGCAAGAGGUCUACUUUCAGCAGCCUUAGUGCUUUUCUUCUCAGUGAACAUUAAUAAAAGUUUAUUCUACUUUGACGUCAAAACAUCAAAGUCUUGGUUUAUACUUUCUUGAGUUGGCUUGAAAAUUAAUGAAAGAAUUGAAAAAAGAGGUAAAACAGUAAAAGGGAAACAAAAGAUUGUAUUGUCCUCAUGAAAAAGUGCAAAUAAGCAAA